UAUUGACUGGGUUGCAUUACGGAAUUAAGAAGCGCUACAAAAACAUCCCAGUUACCACAUUUCUUUUGUCUCAUUCAUUUGUUUAAUUUUCUAAGGUCCUGGUUAGACUUUCCUCGGUGUUUAUAUUGAGUUGUUAUCAUGGGAGUUCAUGGACUUUGGAGACUCCUGGAGAGCACAGGGAAACCAAUCAACCCCGAGACUCUGGAAGGAAAGAUCCUCGCUGUCGAUAUCAGCAUAUGGCUGAACCAGGCAGUGAAAGGGGUGAGGGACCGUGAAGGCAACAGCGUCCAGAACGCCCACCUCCUCACUCUGUUCAACCGCAUCUGUAAAUUACUGUUCUUCCGAAUAAGGCCAGUGUUUGUGUUUGAUGGAGAUGCUCCCAUGUUGAAGAAGCAGACCCUGGCUCUGAGGAGGCAGAGGAAAGAGGAGCUGACCAGUCAGUCCAAACAGACCAAUGAGAAACUUCUGAGGACGUUCCUGAAGAGACAUGCUAUCAAAGCUGCACUUGGAGAUCAUAGUAAGGAGCCUUUACCCAGCCUUUCUAGUGUGAGGAGAAAUGAAGUGGAUGACAUGUACGUUCUACCCGCCCUGCCACCUGCAGAGGAGAAGGAAAAAAGCAGCUCAGGUGAAGAUGAGGAGGGGAAAAACGGUGAGGAAACGGCUGACAGCUUCCAAACGUAUGAGUUUCACGAAGAGCUGUAUGAGGACCCAAACUCGGUGGACAUCAACUCUGAGGAUUUCGCCAACCUGCCUCCAGAGAUGAAACACGAGAUCCUAAAAGAGAUGAAAGAAUUCUGUAAAAGACGGCGCACCAUGUUUACCAAACCUCCUGAGCGUUCCAGAGACUUUUCGCAGUUCCAGUUGGCCGGCCUGCUGCAGAGGAACCGACUGAACCAGCGUCUGGAGGGCGUUGAGAAGGAGAUGUGCCAGCGUAGCGCCGGCAGCGCCCCGCAGCUCGGCCAGCAGGACGGAGAUCAGCAGAAUCACAGCGUGGAGUCAAACCGGCUGCUUUCAGAAGACCACUCACACUAUAUACUGAUCAAAGGCUCUAAAAAGAACGAACCAACCUCAGAAAGCCGACCUGCAGCUGCACCCUGGUCUGGCAGCUCCCUGACGGGCUGCAGCAAGAGGAACGCUGACAAACCGGAGCCCCUUUGGCGACCCGUCACUGGAGAUGAAGACGAUGAGAAAGAUGAAGUAAGAGCAACCUGCUCUGAAGUUUCCCCCCCUACCGUGUCGAAACCAUCUCCACCGUCCCCUCGGACACUCAAGGCAAUUCAGGCUGCUAUGAGCGACAGCUCGGAGGAAGAGGACCCAGAUAAAAAGGAUGGAAGAGUGUCUCCACGCACACUCCUAGCAAUCCAGCAAGCAUUAACUGAAGAGGAGAAUGAAGCUAGUGUCUCAGCCUCCACACUCCAGACAUGUCUCCCGCGUCCUGUGGGAGCAGUGGAGAGCAGCAGCUCUGAGGAGGAAGAGGAGACGGGGCCUUCGCUGAAGGAGGGCUUGGACUUUGCUCAAAACGCCGCACACCAAUGUUUACAAAUGGAUGAUAGUUUACUUGGCAGUAGCUCAGAGGAUGAGAUGGAGGAAGUGAUCGGACAGAGAAAUAAAGCUAUUCGGUCUGCAGCACUUGGAAAAAGUUCCAAAACAGAGAAGGAGUCAGAGGAGGAAGCAAAUAAACAAAACGAGCCGGAGCAGAAAGAGACUGAGCGCGAGUUAUGUGUUUCUGCAUCCGGUCAGGAGCCAUCCAUCGCCCCGCCAAGCGCUGAGGCUGAGGACAGCGCUCUGGAUAAGAGGAGGGAUCCCCUCACUGAAGGCCCCGAGGAACCCAAGAGAGUUGAACUGAAGUCAGAGAAGAGUGAGGAAAGUGAUUCUGAAGAGAGCUUCAUUGAGGUGCCUGAGGAGGAAUCUAAACAGGAGGACACAACAGAUUCAUCAGGAGAAAAAAAGGUUUUAGAGGCGGUCCAGAAAGAUGAGACGAAAAAGGAAGAAGAUUCGGAGGGUCGUUUGACAGAGGUUCCUGAUAAAACAGCUCUGGGUUCAGACAAGGAGGAGGAAACCGAGGUUAAAGAUCAGGAGAAGCAGCUGAAGGAUGAGGCAGACGAAGGAUCGACAACAACAGCAGCAAACGAUGAAUGGGAAGAACUCGACAUGGAGGAGCUGGGGGCUCUGGAGAGCUCCCUGCAGCUGGAGCAGAGCAACCUGCGGGAGCAAAAACAGCAGCAGGAGCGAAUGGCGAACACAGUGACGGGGCAGAUGUACCUGGAAAGCCAGGAGCUGCUGCGACUGUUCGGCGUGCCGUUUCUGGUGGCUCCGAUGGAGGCAGAGGCUCAGUGUGCAGCCCUGGACCGCGCCGACCAGACGCAUGGGACCAUCACAGACGACUCUGACGUUUGGCUGUUCGGAGGACGACACGUUUACAAAAACUUCUUCAGCCAGAACAAAUAUGUCGAGCACUACCAGUACAGUGAUCUCCAGACUCAGUUAGGUCUGGACAGGACAAAAAUGAUCAAUCUGGCCUACCUGCUCGGAAGCGACUACACAGAGGGCGUGCCAGGUGUUGGGUACGUGACUGGCAUGGAGAUACUGAAUGAGUUUCCAGGGCCAGGAUUGGAGCCGCUCAUGCAGCUCAGAAAUUGGUGGUCUGGGGCUCAGGAGAAAAAGCGUCUGUCAGAUGAUCCCAGAGACACGAAAGUGAAGAAGAAAGUGAGGGAACUGAAACUCAAUCCUGGUUUUCCCAACCCGGCGGUGGCUCAGGCUUACCUUCAGCCUGCUGUUGACCAAUCAGAGGCCUCCUUCAGUUGGGGGCGCCCACAGCUUGACAUGAUCAAAGAAUUCUGUUUGAGUCGUUUUGGCUGGAGCAGCAGGAAGACGGAGGAGACGCUGCAACCUGUGAUCAAACAGCUCAACUCCCAGCAGACUCAACUCCGAAUUGACUCAUUCUUCCGCUUGGAGCAACAGGAGAAGCAGGCGAUCCGCAGCCAGCGACUCCGCCGAGCCGUCACCUGCCUGAAGAGAAAGGAGAGGGAAGGAGGGGAGGGAGAAAGUAGUGAAGAAGAAGAAAUGUCUUCCCCAUCCAAAUCCAAGAAAGGAGAGAAAGAACUAAAGACCUCAGAUGGACAGGAAGAAGAUGAGGGCCAUGUGACAGGGGGAGGUUUCCUAGUCCCAGAGUCAAAAGCAGAAUCUCCUCUUACGUCCCUCAGGGAUGUCUGCAGUACGGGACAGGAAUCCUUCAUAGCAACUGGUCAUCAGACCAGUAAAAAACUACCUCAGAAGCCCAGGAGGAAAAGUAGCAGCAGCAGCUCCUCUGGUGAGGACAGUGACGAAGGCAGGGAUGUUACCAUGGUUACAGCCCGGUCUGUGUUCGACGGCAACAGACGAGGCCGUGGAGGAAAACGCACCAGAGGAAGAGGAAAGAAGCUUUAAAAUGUGCCUAAACUCUUGAUAUCAAAUGUGAAAUUAGCUUGAAAGUUUUAAAAAUAAAUUCAGAACAGAAAGUUUUCUGUAAUAUGCAUUAUGUGUUGUAUGUUUUUUGUUGUUUUUUUAAUAAACACUGAAGAUGCUGAGAAUAUUUUUUACCUCCUCUGAUAUGUCUGUAUAAGAAGAUUGCCUGUCUGCAUUAAAACUUUGUAACUUUUCCCUAA